AUGAAAAUUGAAUGUGGUGGUCUACUGUUCACAUCCGAUUUUGAUUCAGGAAAUUUAGACAAAGUAGAGUAUGUAGAUUCGUUUGAUGAUAGUGAAACCAAAAUACCUGGAUGUAUUACUGAAACUAGUCUGCCGCCUUUAUCUAACUACAGAUUUGCUAGAAGACCUCCAACUCGUACCGAAACGCCUUUCUCAUCUCCUGUUCAUGUUAAAAAGUAUAAUUUGAAGCGACAUUCUUUCGGCCCACAAAUAAAGAAAACUUUUUCUACCGAAUCAGUUUCUGUACUUAAUCAAUCGGUAAAAGAGUUUAAAGUCUGGACAAGGCCUGACUGUUAUGGUACUUCGUUUCAGACGACUUUUAGAACAUGGUUUCAUUUUGGUGUUGCUGGUGGACCUCCAGGUGGAUUGAUAAAAAUAAAUGUAAUGAAUCUCAAUCGACAGGGAAAGUUAUAUUUUCAUGGAAUGAAACCAGUUUUUAAAGUCGUGCCAUCUAAAGAUGGGUGGAAAAGAAUUCCUGGAAAAGUUGAUUUCAAGUGUGGAACUGACGGAAAUUUCAUGAUAAGUUUUUGCCAUACCUUGCCAUUCGACUGCAGCUCUGUUACUUAUUUUGCAUUCACCUUUCCUUUUACCUACACUGAGUGUCAAAACAUGCUUGAUGCAGUUGAUGCCAAAGUUGGAUCAUCGUUAUACAUUUCGAAAACAAAUAAACCACCAGAUAGUGCCAUUUAUUACUGCAGAGAGUUAUUAUGCAACUCUACUGAAGGAAAUAAAGUAGAGCUACUGACAAUAACAUCUUGCAAAGGCUUGUCAAUGGAAAGGGAGAAAAGUUUGCCUGACCUUUUCCCGGACAGCUCCAAACCAAGAUGUCAUGUUUUCCAAAAUAAGAAGAUCAUCUUUGUCAGCAGUAGAGUGCAUCCAGGAGAAACUCCAUCUAGCUUUGUUUUCAAUGGAAUGCUUGAUUAUUUAUUAUAUUCUAAAGACUGUAGUGCAAACAGACUCAGAAAUCUUUUCGUGUUCAAGUUAAUACCAAUGCUUAACCCAGAUGGCGUUAGGCGUGGACAUUAUAGAGCUGAUGUUAAAGGGCUAAAUCUUAAUCGCAUAUAUAUGGUAGCAAAUUUUCAAGAGCACCCAUCUAUAUAUGCUGCAAGGACGUUGCUUUUGCACUACCACACAAGCUAUUCUACAGCCGUCGAUCCCACAGUGCCUGUGAGCAAAAGUAAUCAUAAGAAAAUAAGAAAUAAUCAAACUCACGUGUCUUUAAAUCAGCCCAACAAAGAUUCUAUCCCCUGUGCAAGCAGAAAGUUGCCCAAAGAUCUUAUAAAUCAAAUGCAUAAAAAGACUGUUCUACGCAAGCAUUCUUUACAUACAUGUGAUACGUUGACUAAAAAUUUAAACUUUUUUGCAUCUGUUCCUGUUGUGGUCCCGUUUUCUUACAAAGGAAGAAGCUCUGUAUCUAAUUCACCUAAUCCUGGAAGCAGUGCAAAUUCCCCAAAGAAAUCAAAACGUAUUUCUACUACUUUCAUAUCAAGUGAGGCAUGUGAGUCUAUUUCUAAGGAAAAAGAAACUGUUUUUAAACAAGAAACUGAGUCUUCUUCUGCUUGUAAGGAGUGUAAAGCUUCUGAAUAUCCAUCCAAAAAGAUUACCCUGGAGAAUGAUUCUUCUUGCAACUGUGUCGAAGCAAGCGAUGCCGAUGAAUCGUCUUCUUUCGACUACGAGAUGAUGUUAGGAGAAGGAGAUGCGUCCAAGUUAUUGAAAGAUGUCCCAUGCUUGAAACCAGAAGAGAGCGGAAUUGCUUAUUAUUUCGACUUGCAUGGACAUGCAUCUAAGCGAGGCUGUUUCAUCUAUGGGAAUUAUUUUCCGGACAUCGAUAAAAUGGUUGACUGCAUGUUUCUACCCAAGUUGAUGUCAAUUAAUUGUCCCUAUUUUGAUUUUUCUGCUUGUAAUUUCUCAGCUGAGAACAUGUAUUCUGGGUCCAACUCAAACAUACAAAGUAAAGAAGGAAGUGGCAGAGUGUCUUUAUAUGUUCUCACUGGCAUCAUUCAUAGCUAUACUUUAGAAUGUAACUAUAACACAUGUCGCUUCACAACAAAUCAAAAGAAACCCAAGAGGUUAACAAAUGAUGUGCCUUCUCAAGUAUUUUUUACACCGGAAAUUUAUCAGCAGAUUGGUGAAUCAUUACUAGUUUCAGUAUUAGAUGCUGUCGGCCAUAAUCCGAAAUCUCAAGUUACUAGCUCAUCCUUGCUGUCUGUCCAAGGAGUAAAAGAGUGGUUGAAACAACACGCUAUGUCAUUAAGAGGGAGGUGUGUGCCUGGCUAUGUGAGCAAGUAUGCUCCUGUUGCAAGAACUAGGUCUCAAGAGAAGUUAUCCGCUAGUGCAAGCGCUUUAAAGAAAUCAACAACUACUUUCUCUACGAAUAAAGCACUCCAAAGAGAAUCCUCCUCCAGCAAUGCCAACCUGUCGUCCAACGCUUCGGAUUCCGACAGCCGGAAUGCCAGGGUGACUCGUUCUCGGACACUGAGGGGCACCACUUCUCUGCUGUCCUCUCCCAUCUCCCGCAAGCCCUCGUCUGCACUCCAGAGAAGACACACAUUCGUCCAGGAGGGGAGCCAGAAAGUGUUCCGAAAACCCGUUGCACCAUCCUCUAGCAAGGCCUCUCCUUCUUAGGAUGCCCAUCCACACAGAAAUUUAUUUAUGUUACUGAUCGUCUUUUGAGUGCAAUGAAGUACCAGGGCUCCCAAUUGGUCACUUUUUUAGUUUUUAAAAGUUAUUUAAAAAGAAAUAAAAAAAAUCUGGUCUCCCUUUUCCUUUAAAAUUUUAGUUUCAUUCUGAAUUUUUCCUGCGAUCUCUUUUGUGCGUUUGCAUUUUCUUACUGAAAAAAAUAUUAAU